AUUAUUACACCUUGCGACCUUGAAUUCCACAUUAGCAAUUUCCAAAUUUCUAAUUUGGCAUAUAAAAGCUAUGGAUUUGAUAAUUUUUAGUUAAUUAUCGCAUUUUCUCAUAGCUCUAUUUGUAUUUAUUAUAACAAUCAAAUUGCAUCAUAUUCUUUUAAGUUUAGACUAUAGUUUUUUGGGUUAUGUUAAAUACUUUGCGUUAAUUUCUCACAAAAAGGGAUUAAAAUUAAGAAAAUGUCCAAUAUUAGCGAUUUACGCAUCGCGGUAAUAUGCUCCAGCAACAUGAACCGCAGCAUGGAGGCCCAUGCCUUCCUGGCGAAAAAAGGCUUCCUAGUGCAGUCCUUUGGAACUGGGGACAAGGUCAAAAUACCUGGAUCAGCAGCAGAUAAGCCAAACAUAUACGAUUUUGGCAUUUCCUACGACGAGAUUUACCACGACUUGUUGGGUAAAGACAAGUCACUGUACACACAAAAUGGCUUACUUCACACUUUGGAUAGGAACAGGAGGAUUAAAACACACCCAGAAAGGUUCCAGGAGACUGACGAAAAGUUUGAUAUUUUGAUAACUUGCGAGGAACGAGUUUACGACCAAGUGGUGGAGUAUAUGGAGAGCAAAACGCCUGUAGAUAAUUCCAUAGUGCAUGUGAUCAAUAUUGAUAUUCAGGAUAACUUGGAGGAAGCAACAAUAGGAGCCUUUUUAAUAAGUGAUAUGUGUCUUAUGUUAGCCAAAGCCGAGGACUUAGACAAUGAUAUCGAGGAGGUUUUACACAAUUUUGAGGAAAAAUGCCAAAGGCCUAUUUUGCACAGCAUUGUAUUUAAUUAAUUUAUUGGUUCAUAUAAAAUAUUCACAACUUAUAUUUUGUCUUCCUGAAUAAACUUUUACAUAACAGAGA